GGGAUCCAAGAUGGUGGAAGAGAGGGAAAGGAGGCCAGCCCCAAGGCCUUCUGGGAGAACCUCCCUCCCUCUCGAGGACCCCGCUUAGGCGAUUACAUGUACAGGAAGCACUGAAGCCACCAUGGAAAGCGACAGCCCAGAACGCUUAAAACCCAAGGACAAGGGACCUCAGAAAGCAGCCACUUCUUGGAAUGCUCCAGAAGCUGAGGGGGCAACAAGCACAUCAGACCCUUGCCCUCCUCCCGACGAUCCCGAUAGCCAAGAGGCUGUGGAAGGGACCCCUUCUUCCAAAUCGUCAGGCACCCAGGAGGAAACGGAAGCACUCUCUCCCCUGGAUGUCUUGAGGAUCUCUGCUGUUCUGGAAGACACCUUGGGUCAGCUGUCCAUCCUCAGCUUCAUCAUGCCCGCUCCACAUGAAUGUGAACCAGGGGACGCUAGGGGAAGCGGAGAAAUGGGGGUAGACAUUCCAAGCCGCCUAGUCACGGGAAACAAGCCAGAAACCCCAACAAACUCCUGGAGAGAAAGUGUUCCGGCAAUGUCAGCCAAAGGGCCAAAGUCGACCGUAUUCAGCCAGAAGGAUCAGGAGGCGAGUCAAGCUGACCCGACGGUUGACCACCUCAUCAACAGACCCACAAAGCAGACCAUAUUGACCAUGGAGACCCUCAAGAAAGUUCAAGCCGAUAGGCAGUUUGCAAGUGAUGUGAUCGCUGAGACCCUUCAGGAGCUGCAAGUUUCGGGCACGUUUACAAGUCUCGUGAGAGCUCUGGAGAGAGAAAAAGAGAAGAAAACCCAUUUCCAUGACAUUAUUGUCAGGGAGGAACAAGGAAGGAAACAGAUACGAUCACUUCAGAAAGAGCUACAAGACGUCAAAAAAGAACGAGAGAUAAAAGUCCAGAGUCAGAAAGAGCACAUCGCGUACCUCAAGGACCAGCUGCAGGAGAUGAAGGCCAAGACCAACAUGGAGAGCCGGUACGUGAAGAAGAGCACGGAGCUGCAGAUCACCCAGACCCGGAACAAAUGCGACAGGGCCGAAGAGAACCUGCUGGAUGAGAUUGAGAAACUGAAGGUCAGGACCGACGAGGAGACCCGUGUCCACGCGGAAAUCGAAAACUUCCUUAAAAAGGAGCUGGUGAAGCUGGAGGAGAAGCUGGAGUACUGGAUGGAGAAGUACGAUAAGGACACCGAAGCGAAACAGAACGAACUGAACAGUCUCAAAUCCGCCAAGGCCACGGACCUGACGAACCUGCAGGAAUUGGCCCGGCAGUUAGUGGAGUUUGAACAGGUCAUCAUCGAGGACCGGCUAGAAAAGGAGGCGGCCAGGAAUAAAAUUGAACAGGAUGCCCGGGAGCUGAAGAGCAUUAUUAAGCUCCAGGCCUGGUGGCGAGGCACAAUGGUGCGCCGAGAACUGGGGAAUUUUAAGCUGCCCAAGAAGGGGAAAGACAGCAGCAAGAACGGCAAAGGCAAGGGGAAGGGGGCCAGGGGCGGGGCCAAGAAGAAAAAGUGACGGCGGCGGCGUCUGGGGGAGCCGUGGGAACCCCUUCUUCACGUCCGCCCAGCUGCCUCUUCUUCCCCACGGUCCGCUCUGGGCAGGCAGCCCUCCGGCGUGACACCGCUGUUUAGAGAAGUUCCUUAAGUCGAUCGUCUGAAAGUUUACCCCUAAAAUAAGUUGAUUUUUCAAACAGGAAGUUUAGGACCAAAGUUCAGGUCCCGCCUUUACUCGGAA